GACUGGUUUUGUGGGCGGUCUCAAGGUCGGCAGUGCCGGGGAUUGAGAAAGAGAAGGAAGCAGAGCUAUUUGCUGUUGCUCAGAGCAAGAGCACAUGGUUACGUUCUGUGCAUCUGAAAAGCUGAUUGGAGGAACAGAGAGGAGGGUGGGAGCUCCUGUCUGCCCAUCCAGUCGGGUGCAGGGAUUAUUAAAGCAGCACAACGAGUAGAGGGGGAGGUCAGGCAGCAUGCUGAUGCAAGAAUGAAGGGGUACUUUGACAAUGGAAGGAGAUGUAUCUCUGAAACAGAGGAAGAAGCAAGUCGUUCUUGACUACAGCACAUGAUUUGCCAGUCUUAUAACUGGGACCUUGAGCUGUGUGAGAAACUUCUCUACCACUACACUACAUCAUGUCCUUUUUCACCCACGUGCUGGCCUGCCUGUUUGGCAUGGGCUCCUGGGUGGCCAUCAACGGGAUGUGGGUGGAGCUGCCCCUCAUCGUCUCAGAACUCCCCGAGGGCUGGUACCUGCCCUCCUACCUGACAGUCCUCAUCCAGAUAGCCAACAUCGGGCCACUCUUGGUCACCCUGAUGCACCACUUCCGUCCGGGCGUGCUCAAUGAGAAUGCCGUGAUCUACGUCAUUGUAGCCGUGGGCAUGCUGGCCAGCUUCCUCUUGGCCUUCUUCUGGCGUGACACGGUGGAGGUUGGGGGCAUCCCCCGCAGCGUGCCUCUCCUGGUCCUCACUCUUUUCCUGUCCACGGUGGACUGCACCUCCUCCGUCACCUUCCUGCCUUUCAUGAUGAGGCUCAAGCCCCAGUACCUCACCUCCUACUUCAUCGGGGAGGGCCUGAGCGGACUUGUGCCUGCCCUCACCGCUCUGAUCCAAGGCGUGGGCGUCGUCCACUGCAGGAACCUCACUUGGACGCUCAACGACACGUCGGCCAACUCCACGGGUGCCGGUGCCGCCUCCGACGGGCUACAGGCCAUAUACCAGCCUGCCAACUUCUCCGCCCAAGUCUUCUUCAUCUUCCUCAGCGUGAUGAUGGUGGUGUGCUUGGUGGCCUUCUUGCUGCUUAACCACCACCCCGCCGUCAGCCGGGAGCGACAGAAGAACAACCGGUACCUCAACGGUGGGAUCGGGUCGGGGGAAAAGGGGGACCUCGCCUUCAGCCUGAACCACCAGGCCGAGCAGAAGCCCAUGAUCAGCCUGCUGGAUCCCCCUCCGAGGGCGCCCCGCAGCUCCUUUGGGAGAGGGACCUACACCGCUCCCGAGCUGCUGUUCAUCUUUGUGGUGCUGGCCUGGGUCAAUGCCCUGACCAAUGCUGUGAUGCCUUCGGUGCAGUCCUACUCGUGCCUGCCCUAUGGAAAUAGGACCUACCACUUGGCUGCCACCAUGGCUGCAGUGGCCAAUCCUGUGGCUUGUUUCAUCGCCAUGUUUGUGCCUAUAAGGUCCCUGGCCCUGAUGGGAUUUCUCACUGUGACGGGUACAGGGUUUGGUGCUUACAUCAUGACCAUGGCCAUUUUGAGUCCCUGCCCCCUGCUGGUCCAUGAGAGCGCAGGAACCAUACUCAUGGUUGGAGCCUGGGUCCUUUUUAUUCUGACACUGUCCUACGUGAAGGUCAUCAUAGGGGUGAUACUGCGCGAUGAGGGACACAACGCCCUCGUGUGGUGUGGAGCUGUAGUACAGUUGGGCUCAAUGCUGGGAGCCUUGUCCAUGUUUCCCCUUGUUAGCGUGUACAACUUUUUUACAUCCGGGGAUCCGUGUAACACAAAAUGCUCAUUGGAGUGAUGUAGACAAUCCAAAUGUAAUGCACUCAGUCCUUCUACAAGUGCUUCUGUAAUGACUUCAGUACUUGUUGUCUUUGCAUUUUUGUAAGAAGUUUUACUUCAAUCACUUUUUGUCUCCACCCCAAAAAGCAUAUCUCAGUAGCACUGAUCGUGGACAAUGGAGUGGAAUCACUGAAAUAAUUUGGGAUGUGUCCUUGGGGAGGUUAAAAAGAUGUAAUUGACUUGGUCAUGUUUGACUGAUUUGUUUUUGUCUGUGAUUUGUGCUUUCCUUUGCUCAGGCUCAUGUUAUCGUAUUUAUGGUUACAUCAACCGCAGAAUCGAAAAAGAUUCAAUUUAUUCCAUUAAUGUUCUACAAUAUCAUACUAAAAGGCUGUGCAUAAUCCAAAGACCAUGGAAACUAAUUGUGUUGUAGCAAAGUGUUUCAGUAGUCUUAACAUUUGCAGUUCUUUUAAAGGAAAGAAAAAACACUGAUGACUGUUUAUACUUGACAGUUAAAACGUCAAGUACAGUUUUAUGAUGAGUGAAAUGUAUGUAUACAGAUGAAUACCUCUAGAUUAUUGCCUUAAGUCAACAUAUGGUUGUAACUUGAAGAUUUUUUUUUUACAUCUAAUCUCAUAAUAUAUGUAAACUAUAAUGAUAUCUGCAUUGUACAGUCGCAUAAUUUGUAUUACAUGUAAACUAUAAUGAUGUCUUUAUUUUAUGCGCCAAUAAACUUUUUAAAAACA